AUAUCGACAACACUUCGAGUCAAGUUAUUGAUGUUAUUAUUUUUAACGUGGUUAAACAGAAAUUAUUUUUUUCGCUGUCGAUUCUGAAUAAAUAAUGUCUCGUAGUGCACGUCCCCUGACAUCAGCACGAGUGCUGCACAAGAUCAAGGAGCUAACGGCGCCGGCAAGCGACACAACAUACGUAACAAACCGCAAUCCCCGCAAUUUGGAGAGGUUACGCAUUGCAUACAAGCCCAGCGGCUAUCAUCUGGAAAAGCCUGGUCGUUCCUAUUGGCAUACCCUCGAGAUCAAUACCAGCGGUCGCUAUGUGAGUGCGGAUGUAAAACACUUCGAGAACGGUACCAUCUUGAGUGCUAGCACAUCAGAGUGGGCGAUUAAACAGCAAUUGUUCAAGACCAACGACACUGCGGCAUUUGUGAAUCUGGGACACGUUCUAGCCCAAAGAUGCCUUCACGCCGGUAUCACCGAGAUGACUUGUAACGUCGAGGCUGUGGCCGGCAGCAAAUUGGAGAAGCUGCUGCAAGCUGUGCAGGCCAGUGGCAUCAGUUUCCAGGAACCCGCCAGACUGCCAAACACCCAGCCCUGGGAUGCUUAUCGACAUGAGAAGCCCUGGGAGGUGUCGGAGCAAUCAGUGACUUCUGUUACGCAAAAUAAACAAAAAUAAAAACAAAGCCUUAUUGGGAUUUCGUUACGUUUACAAUAAACGUCGCAUUUUUAUGUUAAUUACAAUGAAACAUCAUAACUGUUUUAUUUAUAACUAGCGUUCUUAAGCACGUCUAUUCAUAUUUGCUCUUGAUGUCCUUCCAUUGUUUCUGCAAACAAAAUGCGAGAUAAUAUUAAUGGGCAUUCUAAAGUCUUACAUAAGCAGCAAAUUGUACUUACGCCUUUGUUGAUGGAAUCGAAGAUCGCGUUGGAGCUGACAUCGAUGGCGCGCUCAAAAAAGAAGGCCGAAGCGAUGAUGGCCACUGCGUAGGUGGAUGUGCGCUUGAACAAAGUGUUGUAGAUGAC